AUGAGAAUGGGACUGUACGAAUCUUGGUCUGCUGGCCAUUCUAUAAUGGAGCUCCUGUUUGUGAUUGAUACAAGGAACGAAUUUUCAGGAUUCGCGGAUGAGGGAGCUGAAACGCCUGAUAGAGCGACUGGUGACUGUGAGACGGACUCUUCUGAUGAUGAUUAUCAGAUUACGAGCGAAUGGCCCCCUUUCAAAAAGGUUGGCGAUUAUGACCCCUUUUGUGACGAUGCAAGCCUGUCAGUCCAAAGAAUAGCGUUUGACGAAAAAUCUGGCCAUUUAGUUGUAGGAUGUAGAGGUGGCCAUGUACUUGUUUACUCACUUGAGGAAGACGAAAAGGAGUUGACUCCUCAGGUGUUGAAUGUAGAAUUAUAUGAAGCUUCAAAGUUACCUGCACAAGCACGAAAUAGUGGAGCGCUACCUCCUCGGAAUAAACCUAAGAAAUAUCUGCCAGGAUAUCAGCCGUACUCUUUGUCUGUUCAAAACAAAAGUGCAUUGGUGCAACUUCGUCCAGCACUUGCUGUAUCAGCUGUGGCUUGUAUAUCUUCUCGACAUUUAGUCGCAGCAUCCAAUGAAUACGGCUUUGCCAUCAUAGAUAUGAAUAAGCAGGCUAUAAUCCUUCAGAACAGCUUUGUAAACCAGUCAGAUAUCCAUCACGUUGGUGCCUUCGACGAUGCUUUAUCGCGUUUCAAAAGUAUGAAGAAGUCUAUUCGACAGACGUUCCGGAGGAAGAAGAAGACGCCUGUAACUUCACUGGAUAACACAAUUGGUACAGUGAAUAGUGAAUCAUCUGCGAAAGAAACAUCUGCUCACAAUAUCUCAAAAGUGUUCAGCGAUAAUGAGGAUGAUGAAGUGAUGGUGACAAAACCUGUAGAACGUCUCAUUGAGGAGCGGGGAGCAUGUCCGUUGGAAUCUCCUACUUGGUUCAUUCGAUGCCUCAAAUUCCUCUCUAUUCCGGCAAUGGGUAUAGCAGGCGUAUGUGACGUAUUCGUGGUAGGAACGAAUGGUGGGAAACUGACAGCCAGCGAGCUGAAAGAUGUGUGUAAGUUGCUCAAAACUAUAGCUCUGCGCCACGGAGCUCCCAUCAUUCAUGUGGAUGUCAUACUAGAACCAGGAACAAGGCAGGCGUCCUCAGCUCGUCUGAUAAUUUUCACAGAAGAACAGAUCAGAAGUUUUUAUUUGCCAAGCCUCAAGCCUUCACGAUACAAGGUAAAGCUAACAAGCGUCGAAGGACUACGAAUUCGGAAAGCAGCUAUUGUCACUCUCCAUAAUGCAAACGAUCUCUCUAACUGUGAAAGUUUCGCAGCAAUUGUGAAUAAUCAUGGUGAAGUAGCCGUAUAUUCACUCGCGAAUCCUAAGAAGACGGAGAAAUUUUCUGUUGUGAAGGUAAGAACGAAAUUUAUUUCGAACCGGAGCGACGAUAGGGUCAUUUUGAAAUGUAGUGACUCGCGGUCGACUUGA